UUAUUUUACGACAUUGUAAUUAACAGACAGUUUACGAUAGAACCUGUCAGAUUAAUUGUAAAUGUGUAAACAAUAAGAAUACAAAUGCAAUUGUAGUAUUUUUGAAGUGUCUGAUGUGUCAUUGAAAUGAAUGACAUUGAAGAUGAGGAAAAAGUUGUCUCAGCCUGGCAUAAAGCAUUCAAAACUGGAACCGAUUAUGAUUUAUGGGGCCAACCAGUUGAAGCCAUAGAUGAUUACAAGAGGUUGUCUAAGCAGUUGCAGAAAUUUUCAUCUCCUGAUAGUAGCACAUUUACAGACGAGCAAAAGAGGAUCCUAGGAAAGAUAGCUCUAUGUCUUGAACUCAGAUGCAAAGCUCUACAGAACCCAGAUUCCGCUGAAGGAAUAUCUCUUGAUGAUUUGAAGAAAAUAGAAGCAACACUGAAGAAUUUAUUUAAGCAAAGGUCUAAAGAUUUUCCUGUAGAUGUUCUUGCUGCACAAAUAGAAUCUCAAAAUAAACAUCCAGAUAAUCAGUUACCUGAUCUUGAUAAUGAAGAGGAAAGACAGCCAUUGAGGGAGAGAGGAAGUUUACUUCCUGAGCCAAUAUCAUUCAGUGGGAAACCAGUGUUGUCAAUACGAAUACUCAAGAUUGGGUUGAAGGAUGCCAAACAAUACAUUGAUCCUUACAUGUCUGUUUAUGUUAAAGAUAAUCUUGGUGCUGAUCUGACUACUCGCCAAGAUACACCGGUGGCCAAUUGUAAAGAAGAUACCUAUGUUGUGUUCAACAUUGAUGUUCAUAUCCAAAAAACCAUUGACAGUCUUCCUCCAGGCUAUGCCAUAUUCUUUGAGUUCAAGCACUACAAGCCAAAGAAAGGUAGUGUUAGUACAAGGUGCUGGGCGUUUAUGGAGAGUGAUGAAAUAAAGGAAGGAUCAGCAGUACUUGAACUGUAUAAAAAGCCAGCAAAUUACAAGCGGAAGAAUCUUCAACUGUUGACAGUGAAACCAUUGUAUCUUCAUCUGAAACUCUCCAUCCACUCAUGAAAACAUUAGAUUUUCUUUAACUGAACUUUGUUAACCACAAGUUUGUGAAUGAAAUCAUACUGGAAAAAAAACGAAAAACAUAGAAUGUUUGUGAUAACAACACAACUAACAAAAUGUAAAAAAAAAAUUGUACUAAAUAACAGUGUCUUGUAGUAGACUUUUACCUUUAUGUCUGUGAUAAAUGGUUAUUGAAAAUGUAUGUCAAUUUGCUAGCAUAUUGGAUUGUUAACUCAUCAUGACAUGUUUUAAUAAUAUAUAUUUAUAAAAACUUUUUGAACCUAUAGUUGGUACCAAGUAAAAAUUACUUCAGGUUGGUAGGAUAAUUUGCUUGUAAUUGAUUAGUCAUUUUAACAUCACUUUGUCUUGUAUUAAUAUGGUAACAAAGGAAAGCAAAGAAUAGAAAAAGCUUCUGAUAUGUUUUAAACUAAUUGAACUUCAAGGUCACAUAGAUGAUAGGGUCUUCCUAAAACUGUAUUCUAUUAGCACAACUUUUAAUUCUUGUCAGAUUUUCUGGUUGAUAUAAUAUGACAAAUACAAACACUAAUGUAAUAUGCAAUGAUAUUUCACAGAAUGUUGAUUAUACACUGUUCAAGUAAUAAACUUAUUGAUUAAAAAAGUAACUUAUUAUGUAAGAAAUGACAGUUGUUGUAGAAGAAAGCUAUUUAUCAGCGCUAAUUUAAAGCCUAAUAACCAACUUAUCAUUGUUUAUAUUGAUUGAUAUGAGAUACAAGUGAUGGUUUGUUUAAAAUAUAUUUGUUGUUAAAUAAUAAGAAAACUGUUACAGAUAUUGAGUUAAGAUUUUACUAAAGAAAAGGACUAUUUUUCACUUUCCUAGAACUGAACAUUUUUGUCAAUACAAUUCUGGUUGUAUGUUAAAUUGCUAGAAUGAAGGACAAGCCCUUUAGGGAACAAUGACCAAAGUAAUUGACCUUCAAAGGCAGAUAUUUCAUGUACAUUCUAAUAUAUCACUUUCGUUUUGAUAUUAAAUAACCUUUCUUUUAUAAAUAAGUGUUAUGUAUGUAGGCAUGUGCCUUACUUUAUUUUAAUGGUAUGUUAUUUUGAUUAAUUAUGAAAUUAAUUGUAAGUAAAAACUAAAGUUUAAAAAAGAUUUGAAGUCUCAUAAUAAUGUCUCAAAUUAUUUUCUACUUUACAAUUUCAAAAUUUGUAAGUCAUAGUUGUUGAUUUCUGUCAUGUUAUGUGUCUCAAAAUAGUAAUCAGAGUUAAUAUGAUUACAUAAUAGAUACCAGGGUAGUUGUGUUAUUGCUGACAAAUUUUAAUGAUAUCGAGUUCUUGUUUCAAUUUAAUUGUAAAGAUAUUUUGUUUAUCUUUUUUUUAACAAAACUCAACUUAACAUUAUGAGGCACUCAGCAUCUACAAUUCUAUGCCAUAAGCCAAAACAUGCUACAGCAUGAAUAGAUGUUAACAUCAUUAUCUUAAAACGAGUAAAAAAAAGAUGAAAUACUAACACAUUGACAAUGCCUGUUGGCAAGAUAUUCCAUUGUAUGAAAUUCUAAACAAUUUAUAACAAGAUGUAUUAAUGUUACUAACAGUGUGUUUUUGUAGUUUAUAGUUUUAUUGUAAUACCUCAGGUAGGGUAUGUUCAGUGCUAGUGUGUGUUAUGCAUUUAUUUUUGUUUUAUGUUUUACAUUAUGUGAUGCUAGAAAUACUGCAUAAUUAUUUGACUGCUGUAAUUUAGUAAAGGGAGAUAAUACUAUGCUACUGUUGGUGCAGGACACAUGCUGAACUGUACUUAAAUUUGUGCCGCGUCACAAAAAAACCAACAUAGUGCGUUUGCGACCAGCAUGGAUCCAGACCAGCCUGCGCAUCCGUGCAGUCUGAUCAGGGUCCAUGCUGUUCACUUACCAACCCUAUUACAAGUAGAGAAACUGAUAGCGAACAGCAUGGAUCCUAAUCAGACUGUGCGGAUUCACAGGCUGGUCUGGAUCCAUGCCGGUCGCAAACGCACUAUGUUGGUUUUGUCAUGAUGCGGCUCAUUUGUUUUUCACAUUUUGCGGUACUGGAUACUGUGUAGUGGUUUAUCUCGAUACUAACCUUGUAUAUUUACCUAGUGUGUUAGUUUAUGAUGAGCCAUAGGGUUAUAUAGGACCCAGUCAAGAGUAAAGUUAAGUAGGCAUGGCUAUGGUGCAGAUAGGUUUAAUCAGCUUGUUUAGAGCAUAUAAUCAGACUUCUGAAGUCACUUCAUUCAUAAAUAUAUACAUAUCAUUAUAGAAAUAUUUACAAGAAAAUUUUGUAUAUUUUUAAUUUUUGAAUUUAUGUAAUACUUUACUUGUAUAAAAAAUAUUAAUAAAAUAUGGUAACCACA